GUUGCGGCCUCGUUGCUACAGCCCCGACGGGCAACUCGAGAUUCUGUUAAGACGACUUUCGAAUGAUCAACUUCUUGUCAUCCCAUCUUUUCCGACCUCGCUCAAAGCUUUUCUUUUCCUCAAUCCAGCUCUGCCGGGUGCUAAUUGACUUUUUUCCAUUCUUCUAAUAUCUACCUGCUGGGCAGCCAUUGACGACUACAAACGCUCUACAACGGAUAGUAGUAAUACUAGUAAUUCACGCCCGCCAUGAAUCACCCAACACCCCCGAUGCGCGACUCGUGGUUUGCGCCGCUGUCGAUCGACCUUCUCCUCAAAGUCCUCAAUGUCACCAUCUUCCACCCUUUCAUCGCAUGGCUGAUCCCAUUAUGCUUCCGCGCCGAGCACAUGGCCUACACGGCCAAGCCCAUGAUGGCCACCAGCGCCUGGGCCGUCGCAGUCACGCUCGUCUGGAUGGGCAACAUGAUGAGCCACAAGAUCGCAUACGGCAUGCACCGCGAGGUGGACCUAAGCGAGGAGGUCAUUGUCGUGACGGGCGGCGCCAGCGGGCUGGGGCUGCUGGUCGCCGAGGUCUACGGCAUGCGCGGAGCCACGGUUGCUGUGCUGGACAAGGCCGAGCUGGAGAGCAACGAUGCGAGAGGAAUAACCUACUACAAGUGCGACAUCACGGACAAAGCACAAAUUGCGCGGGUGGCAGGCGAAAUAGAAAAGGAUCUUGGAGCCGUUACUGUUUUGAUCAACAACGCUGCUGAGGUUGUGGGCAAGAAAUUGCUUGAUAUGGACAUCGAGGACGUCGAGCGCAGUCUAUCAACGAACCUCCUGAGCCACUUCUACACCAUCAAGCAAUUCCUCCCGGGCAUGCUACGCAACGAGACCGGCGGCACCAUUGUCACUGUUUCCAGCGUCAUCGGCCAGCUCGGCGCCGCGCAACUUAGCGAUUACGCAGCGGCAAAGGCUGGCGUCACGGCUUUGCACAAAUCACUACAGGCCGAGCUAAAGGCGUUCCCCGAAAUCAAGACCAUUCUUGUUACCCCUGGCCAACUCAGUACGCCGCUCUUCUACGGAGUUCAGUCGCCAAGCUCCUUCUUUGCCCCCGUGGUUGAGCCCGUAGAUGUAGCCAAGGAGAUUAUGGCCGCUAUCGACAUGGGGUUGAGCGACCACAUUGCGAUGCCACUGUAUGCACGAUGGAUCGACUGGUAUAACGUAUUGCCUGUCGGCAUCCAAGGGAUAGCACGAAAGCUGUCCGGCGUUGACAAGGGCAUGCAGGGCUUUAUUGGGCGGAAGGGCAGUGAGUUGAGCGAAAAGAACGGGACUUUAAUAUGAUACGGAUUUUCAGGGUAAACCAGGACCAAAGACUCAUCCAGAGCAAACUGCAUCGCAAAGAUCGUGGCGCGGGCUGCUGCGCGCUUGUUUGGAGCAGCUUGGAGGAUCCAACAUCUUCAAGUAUCUAGACUGUUAGAGCCGGAUGACCAUGAGCGAGGUUGAUCAUUUACUGGACAGUUGUAUGCAAGAUUACUCUAUUUCCCCCAACCAUGCCAACACGUGCCGGUCUUCUUUCUGGUUCGGCGCUCGGAUUGGUGGAUGAAAACCGUACCUACUUAAGUAGAUUCAUACUCGCUCGGCGAACUUCCUUGAUAUAGCAGCUAGGGACAGAAGACGUUGGCACGAGCGACCUACAUUGCCUAGAAACAUGGUGACGAUCAGAUUUCGAACAUUGCACCCGCUCCCCAAGAGUGGAAACUCGAACAGAUUUGAUAGAUAUCCCGU